AUGGGGAGCGGCGCUUUCACCCUGGUCCUCACCCUGGCCCUGGCAGCAUGUGUCGCCUCUGCAGAGAGGAAGUGCCUCCUCUCUGGGUCCUGGCGGAGUGACACUGGCUGCCGGAUGGUUGUGUCCGUCCUCGGCGAGGAUGGCAGCUUCUCUGGUUCCUACCUGCCGGGGUCGGCAGCCAGCAACCCCGAAAUCCUCACCUCACCGCUGCAGGGGUUCCAGCAGGAUGCAGCAUUGGUCCAGCAGCCCACCUUCUCCUUCACCGUGCGCUGGCGGCUCCGAGACUCGGAGACAGCUCGGACAACUGCCUUCCUGGGCCAGUGCUACGUGGGCACCAACGGGGAGGAGACCCUGCAUGCCCUUGUGGCGGCUGACAGCCCUGCCGAGGACUGGAAAGCUACCCGGAUUGGCACCAGCACUUUCACCCGGAUAAAAUAA